AUGCGUCACCUGUGGCUGGCCCGCUUAGGAGAGCUGCUGCUCUCUGUCGUGUGUACUCAGCCAGCCCUCAAGCCUGCAAUGCCUCCAGUGCUCAAGAACCAGCCUUUCAACGUCUUCUGGGCCGCCCCAACAAUGAAUUGUCAAAAUUUCUUCAAUGUGAACAAGAAUCUUCAAGUAUUUAACAUUCUAUCAAAUCCUUUAGUGACUCAGAGUGGAUCGAUAAUUGCCAUUUUUUAUCCAGAUGAAUUAGGGUAUUACCCUUAUUCCUCUCAAGAUGGAACAUCCUUUAAUGGAGGGAUACCCCAGAAUAUGAGCCUUUCUAAACACCUUAGGAAAACUGCCGAUGACAUUGCAAAACCUGUCCCUGGGUGGCGAUCAGAAGGACUUGUUGUUAUUGACUGGCAAAGUUGGAAACCCCAAUGGGACAGAACGGGGCACAGAAUCAUAUAUAAAAAUCACUCCUUAGCCUUCACUAGAAACCUCCAUCCUGAUUGGUCAGAAAGGAAAGUGAAAACAGUUGCCCAGCAGGAAUUCGAACAUGCUGAACAUGCUGGCAGGAGUUUUAUGAACAUUACCCUCACACUGGCUUUGGAAAUGAGACCAAAAUGUUUAUGGGGCUUUUAUCCCUCAGGUUGCUACAAUUAUGAUUGUAAGAUAAAUCCAGAGAGCUACACAGGUGAUUGCCCAAAUGAGGAAAUUUUCCGCAAUGACCAACUCCUGUGGCUGUGGGAAAAAAGCACGGCACUUUAUCCUUCAAUAUAUUUGGAUAAAAUAUUGAAGUCAAGUUUAAGUACAUUAAAAUUUAUUCAUUCUUGAGAUAGAGAAGCCAUUAAAAUUGCUGAAAUGACUAGACAUGACUAUGUUUUACCAGUUUUUAUUUUUUCCAGACCAUUUUAUUUGUAUGGCAUAAUAAAAAAAUAAAAAAUAAUAGCUCUAUCACAGGAGGACUUAGUACAUACAAUUGGUGAAAGUGCUGCAUUGGAGGCAUCAGGAAUAAUAUUGUGGGGAGAAUAUAAAUAUUCUGCUUCAAAGGUCAACUGUACAAAGGUGAAGCAGUUCGUCAGUUCUGAUUUAGGGAGCUACAUAGUCAACGUGAGCAGAGCUGCUGAGGUGUGUCGCUUUCACCUCUGCAGGAAUAAUGGGUGCAUAAGGAAGACGUGGACAGCUCCUGAUUACCUUCAUUUGAACCCUGCAAGUUACCACAUAGAGGCCUCUGAGGAUGGGGAAUUUAUUGUGAAAGGAAAAGCAUCUGAUAAUGACCUGGCAGUGAUGACGGAGAAAUUUUCCUGUCAUUGUUAUCAAGGAUACGAAGGGGCUGAUUGCAGAGAAAUGAGGUCGGCUGAUGAGGCUCUGUGGUUUUCCCCUUCCUCUGGCCCACUAAUGACACUAUGUCUGCUGGUUUUAACAGGUUAUAGGAGCAUCAGUUGUAACAUAAUUGAAGUAAUUGUGUGA